GGGGACGGACGAAUAAACGCACACGACGCGCGCACGGCGCGCCGCACAUUCUCCAGUUCGCCUUCUGCCCGUCUGCCGGCCACAAGUGCCAGCGCUCGUUCCGCUCUCGCUCGCAUCGCACACACACACGGCCGCCGCCCGACCACGACGUCGCUCGCUACUCGUACGCUCUCCGUGACCACCGACGCCGUCGCCGCCCCGCCCCGCCGCCCGAGAGCGCGCGCGUGUGUAAUUGAUUCCAUAAUCUGUCCCAGUCUAAUUUCGCGCGCCCGUCCGUGUGCGUCUCCGUGUCCGUCCGACUUGGUGUUUCGUUUUGCGGUGCGUUAUAUAGAGAUAUCGGCGCGUACACGACUAUCAAUUGAUAUUGCUAUAAUUUUUAUUUAUUUAUUUUUUUUUUCGAUUUGUGUUUUUAUUACAUAAGUGCGAGCGGUGUUUGAAAAAUACACUAUAUUUUUUGCGUCGUCCGUUCGCGAAAAACAUUACUUUUCCCGUCUACUCGCGGACGAGUGUGUGCGGUUUUUUUUUUUUUUGUUUUUGGUUUUAAUAAAUAUUAUUAAAUCGGUUUAUAUACCCGGAUCGUCGACGAUAUUAAUGGUGCACGUCGUCUGUUUCGAUCAUAUUUUUGGAUUACCGUUCUUCCGCUCCGGAUUCACCGAAUGAUAUGCUAUUGGUGAAUCACGACAAAUGCUUGUGGACAUGAGACCCGUUGAGUCCAGCGAGAACAUUACGAUUAUGGACGAGAUCGACGAGCUGUUGGGCACCCGGAGGAGUUAUGGCUGGAAUUCGGGUUCGCGGCCAUCGAUGAUUAGCGCCAAGUACCGACUGAAGGAGGAACGGCGCAAGGUGCUCAAGAUAUCUGUGAACAAGAUGAAGAAGAUCGACGACGCCGAGAGCUCGUUGUGUCGGUCCGUGUUGAUCAACAACACGGUGAAGAGGCUGCAGGCCGAGACCAGGGACGACCGGACCACGGGACGGACGUCACCCGCCUCUCCGCCAUCGCCCACCUCGGCCGGUUACGGUUACCACGGUCCCCAGCAGUCGCAACCUUGCGGCGGCCCGGGAGGCAAUCCACAACUCGUGGACAUCACUAACCUCAGGGAAUCGUCGUGUACCAAUGGAACCGGCGGCGUUGGAGUCGGUGGUACCGCGGUCGCGGGCGGCAAGUCCCUCACCAACAACAACAACAAUAAUUUAAGUAGCAACAACAAUAACAACAACAACAACAAACCUCUGACGGAAGCGCAGUCGCUUUUGUUGGCGUCCGACCACCACCACCACCACCACCACCACCUACUACACCACCACCACUUACAACACCACCACCAAAACAACAACCACCAUCACCACCAUCACCAACUGCAACAACAGCAACACCACCACCUCCACCACCACCAUCACCAUCACCAACAGCAGCAGCAACAGCAGCAGCAGCAGCAGUCGUCGUCGGCGGCCGCGCCCGGUGGACCGUACGGUUACGACGACGACGUGGACGACGAAGACGUGGAUGACGAAGAGGUGGACGACGAAGAAGUGGAAGACGACACGAUCGCGUCCAUAAUGAUGCAACUUCCGUCGUCGUCGCCCCGCGGCAAGCGGAAGCGGUGCGUGGACGAACCUCUGGACGACCUUCUGUCGCAGUUCAUCAACAACAACCAGCGCGAGGACGAGGACGUGAACGUGGUGGACUUGGACCUGCACGAGUAUCCGGCCGCCAAGAGACUGAGGACGGACGAGGCAGCCGCCGCGGCGGCCGCAGCGGCCGUCGCGGCCGUCGUCGCCGGCACCACCCCGUCGUCAGCGGCGGACGCGUCAUCAGCCCCAUCGGCCACCGACCUGUGUUCGCCCGACUGUUGGACGCUGAUGGACACGUGCUGCGACGACCCGCUCGACCUGUACGGCGGCCAAGUGCCGGCCGCGGUCGAACACCAGGACGUGCUGCUGCAGCCGACCACCGCGUCCUCCGUGGACUGCUGUUCGUCGCUGUCGCUACCGCCGCCGUCGCCCGCCCCGUCGCUCGACGAACAGCACCAGCACUACGGCGUGGCCACGUCGUCGUCGUCGUCGACGGCCACGGGGUCGACGUCCCCGACGAACCUGUCGUGCGGACAGGCGUCCUCCAUGUUCUGCGAGAUGCAGUCGGCCAUGUUUCGCAACCUGAUCGCCUCGCUCGAGUCUUAACCGCCGUCCGUGUCGUUGCCCGACGACCCGAAAGGCGGUCGACAAACCUAACAAAAACGUAUAUUUUUGUUUUCACUUAAACGACUGUCUCCUAAAGUAUAUUUUUAAUUCAUUUUGUCAAAUGCGCACUCGUCUUGACGGCGACGUGUGUGUUGUGUACGUCUUAUCCUUUUACUGCGGUUCUACACACACACAAUCACGUGCGAUAUGUGCGAUAUUGUUUUAUGUGCAGUCCGGGAGACUUAUACCUACAAAAAAAUGACCAUUUUAUUAUAUAUAUUUUUUUUUUUUUUUAAAUAUUUUUAUGUGCAAUAAACGACCAAUUCGCGCAAAUGUUUUUUUCGUUUUUCUCUCUGUAUCUAUUUUUUUUUUCAUCAUUAUUAUUAUUAUUAUUAUUAUUACUUUAUAUUACUAUUAUAAACAUAUAUAUGAAAUGUAUUUUUUUUUUGUUUUUAAAACGUUUUUCAACGUUCUUACGAAUAAGUUAACAUUUGAUUGUGUUAUUCAUUUUACGCGUAAUCACAUGUAUAUCGCGAAAGUGACGUGUACAUAGAUAAUGAUAAUAUAAUUAUGAAUGUAUUUUUUGUUUUUUCGUAACUGUAGAUAAUCAAACAAGGGCUGUGUUAAAUUCAUCCAAUCGGUCUCUUUUUUUUUUUAAUCGAAUGAAAAGAGUAAAAUAAAAUUUAUAUAAUAAUAUGUAUGUAUAAAAUUAAAAUAUAAUAUUAUGAGAAUGUAUAACUAUAUAUUAUAUGAUAUUAAACAACAUAGACAAUAUAUUAUUAAAGUAGACAAUUUUAUAGAAAACCGAUUGGGGUAUAGGCUAAUCGGUAGUGAUAGUACAAAAAAAAAAAAGAUGAAAAAAAAUGAUAAUUUUUAACAGAUUGUUUUUAUUUUGUGUUUUCGUUUUUUUUUCAUGUAGAAUCAGGAGCACAAGGGAGGGGGAAUGCUUUACGCGAGUUCUCAUAUUCGGCGGCCGUAUAGACAUUAUUUUCCUAUUAAAUACGUAUAAUAUAUAAAUAUUAUUAUAUGGUUUAAUAAUUAUAUUAAAAUGUAAUAUGAUAAAAGAAAGUUUUUAACAUUUGUUUUAUAGUGUUUUUCGCUGCUACUAGACAAAAAAUUUUAGUGCGAUUAUUACGUUUAAGCUAUGUAAGGAACAGUCUUCCUGACUUUUUCCAAACUUAAUUUUUUUUAACUGUGUGAUAAUAAUAUAUUUAUUAUAGCGAAUCUAGCAUAAAAUUUUGUAUAAAACGAGAUGUCAUAGAAACGCGAUGAAAUUAAAUAAACAAACAAAGUAUGAACACUGUCCGGGCGGCUAAUUAUUGAUGUUAUAUUACGUUAGUUAAUUUUUUUUUUGUUUCCUUAAAAAGAAAAUACUACAGAACCGCCAUCAUAACCUAACCUUCUAUACACUCUGCGCGUGCAAGAGAAAGUGCAGCAGUCUUUCACGCAUUUCGUUUAAUUCGUUUCAUUAUAUGUUAUUAAUCGUUUUUGUACAAUUCGCGAAACCGAAACAGGCGCCCCCUCCAAUAAAUAAAAAAAUGAAUAAAAAUACUCGUCUGGGCUCCGUUACUUAAGUCUUCCUUUAUUUAUUUUUAUUUUUAUUAUUAUUAUUAUUUUUUUUUAAACGUGAGAUUAUCAACAAUAUUUGAUGAGUAUAAAACAUGUUACCCGGGUGAUAAGAAAUAAUAAUUAAAUGAUACAAUUUUUUAAGCAAAUAAAAAAAAUUGGUAAAACCGUAGAUACGUUUAUAUAAUAAUGAAAUUAUAUGAAUAUAUUUUAUUAAUAUUAUUACGAUACGAAUAAAAAAAAUUAUAUUGUAUUUUUUUUAGAGCUUUAUUAUACUGAUUAUGUAUGAAAAAAAACAUAUGUAUUCGCUAAUAGAAAUUGUUUUUUUCGAUUGAACAUUACUUUUUUGUGUAAAAUAUUGCGAAUGAUAAUAUAAUACAUUUUGUUAUUCCUUAAAGAA